AUGACAGUUCGACAGUUUGUGACUUCGGUUUUGAUCGCUAUGGUGAUCUAUCAGUUCGUCAAACGGUUUGUGCUUGAGCAAGCCGUUUUACCGGAAUUGAAAGACGAGUAUUAUGGUUGUAACAAAUCAGCGGACGAUCGAAACGUGUACCCUUUCCGGGUGUCCGUUGCUGAGUCGGUUUUGGAAGACCUGAAGGACAAGCUGAAGCGCACUAGAUUCACUGACGGUUUUGAGGCCACGCCGCUGCGCUAUGGCGUGAACGUAACGUAUCUGAGGCACAUGCACGAUUACUGGCAGCAUAAAUACGACUGGCGCAAGGCCGAGCGACGCAUUAACUCCUUUCCGCAGUUCAGAACUCAAAUCAAAGGUCUGCACAUUCACUUUAUACACGCAACACCGCCGGACGGACAGUACAACGUGGUCGUACCGCUACUGUUGCUUCAUGGCUGGCCCGGCUCCGUUUACGAGUUCUACAAAAUCCUGCCGUUGCUGAUCGACCCGGCGCGCCACAAGAUAUCCUCACACAAGCGAGUCGCGUUCGAGGUCAUCGCGCCAUCGAUACCCGGCUACGCGUGGUCCGAUGCUCCGAGUCAGCCAGGUUUCGGACCGAUCGCCGCCGCCCGAGUUUUCGGCCAACUCAUGGCGAGGAUGAACUUCAGCACUUACGUUUGUCAGGGCGGAGAUUGGGGCAGCGUCAUCGCAACCGUUAUGGCUCAGAUGUUUCCGGACAGGGUACUUGGUAUACAUUUGAAUACCGCCGUCGUUUCGGUUUUUUCUUAUCCAAGUCUGAUAGUGAAGUACAUGCUUGCGUACAUUAUGCCAUCAGUGUUCCUUAGAAGCAACGAUUAUUUCAAAGUCUAUCCAAUGGGAAAAUAUUUCACUGCUUUCCUUCUAGGUGUUGCCCUGAACGAUUCACCGAUGGGACUCGCGGCGUACCUGCUGGAAAAGUUUUCCACAUGGUCCAGUCCUGGUUGCGGUACCCUUUCAGAAAUGAAGCUGUACGAACCGUUCAGUGAAGAAGAUCUUAUAACGAACGUCAUGAUCUACUGGACAACCGGUUGUAUAUCGUCUUCGAUGCGGUUUUACAAAGAAUUCUUUGUACAUCCUUUGCUUGCCGAUUUUUCAAGAUAUCCCGUGUCGGUACCGACGGCCGUAGCUGCCUUUCCAAAUGAUCCUUUGAUAAUGCCGGAGUACUUUCUCACUUCUAAGUACCAAAAUCUGCAGUCUUACACACACAUGCCGCGAGGCGGGCACUUUGCAGCGUUGGAAGAGCCGCGUUUCUCUGUGAGCAUGUCCGCGGCACUGGUGAUGCACCAGUUCUGGAAGGUCAUCGGUUGUCCAUCGCAUGAAUGA